AUGAACAAGAAAACGUAUAAGGGGAAGUUGCCGACGGGAACACCGUCACUUGCAUGGUCAACAGUCGUCGUCGUUGCUUCCCUUCUCGCGGGCGCCUCCGUCGUCCACAACAUCUAUAAGCCUGAUCUCAGUUUACCACCGUUGGACAAUGGUGAAGAAGUGGCUAAGAAGGAGACACCACCACGGAGAGUGAAGUCGGGAAGACCUCCUCGUCCAACGAAACAGAUAAAUCUCAACGAGGAGAGCUACCAAGGAUCUCCGUUGCCGCCACCUCCGCCGCCUUCGUUUAGGGUUCCGCUGCUAAAAUUCGUAGUGAGUGGAAAUUGA